GAGCCCUGGCGCCGUGGGACGGGUCUGGACAGUGCGCCAGAGAGCUGGCCGCUCUGCAGGACGAGAGCCAGGGGGACGGGCAGCCCAGGUGGGAAAGGAGGCCGGCGCGGCAGCCAUGGCACCCUCCCGGGCCCUCCCUCCUCCGUGGCAGCGCUGGAGACACUGAAGGCGCCAGUCGAUUGGCUCUCCCUGCAGGCUCCCAGUUCCCCAUUAACUCUCCCGUGGGACGCAAGAGGAACUCCUCGUCUCCAGGGUUCGGAAGGAGCCGUGACCUUCGCCCACCUCCCGGCUGUUUACUCAUUUACCUGCUGAUCCGGGGCUCGUAAACACCCCCCCCACACACACACACACACCGGGAGGCAGCAGAUAAAAGGGCUGCAGCGCCUGGGCAGCGCCUCUUGCUCCCGGAUUCCCUCCGGACUUCCACGGCCAUGGCCAAGGGCUUCUUCAUCAGCAAGACUCUGGGCAUCGUGGGCAUUGCCCUGGGCGUGGCUGCCCUCGCCACCAUCAUUGCCCUCUCUGUCGUCUACGCUCAGCUGAAGCAGCAGACAGACAAUCCUGCCCCUAGCCCCACGACGGCCAGCACCCCUGGCGCCAGCGCCCCUGGCAACACUGCGGGCACCCCCGGCACCAGCACCAGCGCCAUUGGCAGCAGCGCCAACGCCCAUGUCACCACGACCAGCACCACUGGCACCGGCACCCCUGGCCCCAACACCACGGCCGGGCCUGUGAACUCCUGGAACGAGCUGCGGCUGCCCAAGACCCUGAAGCCGGAGAACUACACCGUCUCCCUGCAGCCCUUCCUGACGCCCAACGCCCAGGGCCUCUACGUCUUCCAGGGCCACAGCUCCGUGCGCUUCGUGUGCCUGGAGGCCACCGACCUCAUCCUCAUCCACAGCAAGAAGCUGAACUACACGCUGCAGGGGGGCUUCCUCGUCUCCCUGACGGGGGUGGACGGGACCCCCGCCCCCUCCAUCAGCGCCACCUGGCAGGAGUUGGCCACGGAAUACCUGGUGGUCCAGCUCAGCAGUCAGCUGCAGGCCAACCAGUCCUACGAGCUCCACAGCAACUUCACCGGGGAGCUGGCCGACGACCUGGCUGGCUUCUACCGCAGCGAGUACCAGGAGGACGGGCAGACCAGGGUGGUGGCCACCACGCAGAUGCAGGCGGCCGACGCGCGGAAGGCUUUCCCCUGCUUCGACGAGCCCGCCAUGAAGGCCACCUUCACCGUGGUGCUGACCCACCCGCCCGACCACGUGGCGCUCUCCAACAUGCCGGCACAGAGUGUUGAGAACGUGACCCUCGGCAACAACGAGGUGUGGACCAGGACGACCUUUGAGCCCACCCUCAAGAUGUCCACCUACCUGCUCGCUUUCAUCGUGAGCCAGUUUGAGGCGGUGAACGCCGACCAGAACGGCACCUUGAUCCAGAUUUGGGGGCGGCCGAACGCCAUCCGGGAGGGCCAGGGGGAGUACGCUCUCAACGUCACGGGGCCCAUCCUCAGCUUCUUCGAGAGGCACUACAAUACCGCCUACCCGCUGAGCAAGUCAGACCAGGUUGCCCUGCCGGAUUUCAAUGCGGGCGCCAUGGAGAACUGGGGGCUGGUGACCUACAGGGAGAACUCCCUGCUCUUCGACCCGCUCUACUCCUCCAUCGGCAACAAGGAGCGGGUGGUGACCGUCAUCGCGCACGAACUUGCGCACCAGUGGUUUGGCAACCUGGUGACCCUCCGUUGGUGGAACGACCUGUGGCUGAACGAGGGCUUUGCCUCCUACGUGGAGUACUUGGGAGCCGACGCCGCGGAACCCGACUGGGAUAUUAAAGACCUGAUGGUGAACAACGACAUGUACCGCGUGAUGGCCAUCGACGCCCUGGCCUCCUCGCACCCACUCUCCUUCCGGGAGGAGGAGAUCCAGACGCCCGCCCAGAUCAGCGAGGUCUUUGACUCCAUCGCCUACAGCAAGGGGGCCUCCGUGCUGCGAAUGCUGUCCGAAUUCCUCACCGAGGACCGGUUCAAACGGGGGCUGCAGUCCUACCUGCACACCUUUGCCUACGGAAACACUGUCUACGACGACCUCUGGACGCACCUGCAGAUGGCGGUCAACGAGGACAGUUUCUCUCUGCCUGGAACCAUCAAGGAGAUCAUGGACCGCUGGACCCUGCAGAUGGGCUUCCCCGUGGUGACCGUGGACACCCGCAGCGGAAACGUGGCCCAGAAGCACUUCCUGCUGGACCCCAACUCCACCGUUCAGCGACCCUCGGAAUUCAACUACACCUGGAUAGUCCCCAUCACCUGGCUGGCGUCAGAUAACCAGGCAGGGAUGUACUGGCUCCGGAACCAGACAGAGACCAACGGCGACUUUAUAACCACUGCGGUUCCCGGCAAGUGGCUGGUCUGCAACAUCAACGUGACUGGCUACUUCCGGGUGAACUACGACCAGGGGAACUGGGUCCAGCUCCUGGCCCAGCUGGAGAGCGACCACGUGGCAAUCCCCAUUCUGAACCGGGCCCAGCUGAUUGACGACGCCUUCAACCUGGCCAGGGCCAAGUACAUCAGCACCGAGCUGGCUCUCAACACAACGCGCUACCUGUCCCAGGAGUUCGACUACCUGCCCUGGGAGGCGGCCCUCAGCAACCUGGGCUACUUCAAGCUCAUGUUUGACCGCAGCGAGGUCUACGGGCCGAUGAAGAGAUACGUCCGGAAGCAGGUAACUCCUCUGUUCAGUCACUUCCAGACCCUCACCUCCAACUGGACCACCGUCCCCUCCGGCCUGAUGGACCAGUACAACGAGAUUUUCGCCAUCAACACGGCCUGCUCGUAUGGCGUCUCGGAGUGCCAAGCCCUGGCUUCGGGCCUCUUCGGAAGAUGGAGAGAAAACCCCAGCAGCAACCCGAUCCCCCCAAAUCUGCGCUCCUCCAUCUAUUGCAAUGCCAUCGCCACGGGCGGAGAGGAGGCCUGGGACUUUGGCUGGGAGAUGUUCCAGAACGCCACCGUGGUGUCCGAGGCAGACAAACUCCGCUCGGCCCUGGCCUGCAGCCAGGAGCCCUGGAUCCUCCAGCGGUACCUGAAGUACACCCUGGACUCCUCCAAGAUCCGCCGGCAGGACGCCACCUCCACCAUCAACAGCAUCGCCCGCAACGUGCACGGGCAGAGCCUGGUCUGGGACUUUGUGCGUGCCAACUGGAAGACGCUCUUUAACCAGUAUGGCGGAGGCUCCUUCUCCUUCUCCGGCCUCAUCCAGACCGUGACGCAGAGGUUCGCUUCCGAGUUUGAACUCCAGCAGCUGGAGCAGUUCCAGAAGGACAAUGCGGAUGUCGGAUUCGGUUCCGGAACUCGGGCUCUGGAGCAGGCGCUGGAGAAGACCAAGGCCAACAUGAAGUGGGUGGCGGAGAACCAAGAGGGCGUGCUGCAGUGGUUUCAGAGGGAGAGCCAGUAGGGAGGCUUGCGACAUCCCUGCGAGGGAGGAGGGCCAGGCGCCCGGGUGUCACAUCAAAGCCCCAGUCCUGCCUGUGCCACGCCCACGGGCUCCCAUGAUGCUUUGCAGUGCUUUGCAGUGCAGAGGGGCUCCUUCUCAAGUAGGGUCGCACAGAGGGGCAGCAUUUCCACUCCCACAAUGCACCGGGUGUUCAGCUGUUUAAGUAACUGAAUGACUAUCUCAGGGGUGGGGGGGGCGAGAGUGGGAAGGAAGGAAAACAGACUCUGCCCCCAAUGGCAGUCUCCUUCCCCCUCCAGCACUUUCUGUAUAGUUUUAUAACCCCGACUUGUAAAUAAAAAAAGGCUCUUGGUCUACG